CCGGCGGGCCCGGCCCGAUGGCGGUGCCGUGCCCCUGUCCUUCCGCCGUGCUCCGCGGCUGCGCGCCCACCGUUCCGGGCUCCCUUCGUCCCCACGGCGGGGCCUGCGGCGUGCGCUGUCAGGUGGGGAUUUAACUGGAAGCGGUGAUCUGUCGAGAUGAGUUUUCUGCUGCCCAAACUGACCUCGAAGAGGGAAGUGGAUCAGGCAAUAAAAGGUGUGGCUGAGAAGGUUUUGGUUCUCCGUUUUGGAAGAGAUAGUGAUGCUGUUUGUCUGCAGCUCGAUGAUAUUCUUGCAAAAACAGCUCAUGACCUAAGUAAAAUGGCAGUCAUUUACCUGGUGGAUGUGAACAAGGUCCCAGUGUACACCCAGUAUUUUGACAUCAGUUACAUUCCAUCUACUGUGUUUUUCUUCAAUGGACAACACAUAAAGGUUGACUAUGGGUCUCCAGAUCAUACCAAAUUUGUAGGAAGCUUCAAAACAAAGCAAGACUUUAUAGAUCUGAUUGAAGUGAUCUACCGUGGAGCAAUGCGCGGAAAGCUCAUUGUGAGAAGUCCUAUUGAUCCCAAUAACAUUCCUAAAUAUGACCUUCUCUACCAAGGAAUUUAAUGGGUUGACCUGAGGAAGGCACGAAAGACACAAAGGAGAUGGGAGAACAGUCUUUUUGCUAUACUACUGAACUAUGGGCAAUUCAUAGAAAAGAGAUCAUAUUUAGUAGGGAAGAAGCUAUGCAUAUUCAUGUUGUUGUCCCCAAGUGAUGAAGUGGGAGAAAAAUGGAGAUAUUUUAAGGGAAGAUGUCUCUGGACAAAGGUGAAGCAUUCUAUAACAAUUAUGAAUAGAUAAAUGCUAUUUCCUUACAGAGUGGCAUGCUGUGGAUCACUUCUCAAUCCCUUUCUCUCCCUAAAAGGUUGAAGACUAAUUUCCCAACUUACUAUGAGCAGGAAGUUACUAUUCCCUUACUUCAGCUACUAACAACAACAUUGCUUUUUCAGUUCCAAAACAAGGAUAUGUGAUUCCAAAUUAAACCCUGUGUAUGUAAUAUUGAACAUCUACUUUACAAAGCACUGUGAAAGGUUUCUGAAGAUUUCAGGAGGCAGAAACAUAAAAAAAAAGAAAAAAGUUUUACAUGAGGUGUAUGUAUGACUUCCCUUCCUAAAAUUGCCUUCAAGGUGUGAAAUAAAAAGUUUUGAGGCAAUUUAUACUAGGUUAUCACUUAAGAGUUUACCUGAAUAGCAGCUUAGAAUCAUAUACUUAUUAGUCCAGAGGCACAGUAAUGCCAUUUACAGAAAAAAUAACCACUCUUUUCCUUCCUCCCACAUUUCUGUUUGGAUUGUAAAAUACUUCAGCUGUAAAUUCAGCUAGUGUUUGUUACAGCAAUUGGCUCAUUCUAAACACUACUGCAGUGUAAGUGCUACUCUUUAUGAGAUCUGUAAAGAUUCGGGGUUUUUUUCUCUUUAAAACCACUUUAUUAAA